AGCCCAGUCGAGCCGCGCGCCCCUCGGGCUCCUGCACCGCUCCCGCUCCUCUCGUGCCCCUCGCCACCUCUUCGCCUCCAGCUCAGCCUCCGCCCUGGCUGCACGACCAUGUCCCGGCCGCGGCCCCCGGCAGCCGCGCGCCGCUAGCCCCGCGCUCGCCGCGCAGUCCGGGCCGGGCGCGAUGGGGGCCGCCGUCGGCCGGGGCGCCCACCUAGGGCCCGCGCCCGCCGGCCGCCCGCUGCGCUCCCUCCUGCUGCUGCAGCUCCUGCUGCUCGUCUGGGCCCCGGGAUCCGCGCUGGCCCAGGGCGCCGAGUUCCCCGAGCUGUGCAGUUAUACAUGGGAAGCUGUUGAUACCAAAAAUAACAUGAUUUAUAAGAUCAGCAUCUGUGGAAACGUGGAUGUUGCCCACUGUGGGCCAUCAAGUGCCAUUUGUAUGUACGACUUGAAGACAAGCACCUAUCAUUCUGUGGGUGAUUCUUCUUCAAAAACUGUAACCAGAUCUCUUCUGGAAUUCAACACAACAGAGAGCUGCAAGCAAAGCCCAAAUCACAGAAUCCAGAGUAGCAUAACCUUUUUAUGUGGGAAAACCUUGGGAACUCCUGAAUUUGUAACUGCAACAGAUUGUGUGCAUUACUUCGAGUGGAGGACUACUGCUGCCUGCAAGAAAGAGACAUUUAAAGCUAAUAAAGAGGUGCCGUGCUAUGCAUUUGAUGGAGAGCUCAAGAAGCAUGACUUAAAUCCUCUGAUCAAGAUUAGCGGGGGUUACUUGGUGGAUGACUCUGACCCAGACACUUCGCUGUUCAUCAACGUUUGUAGAGACAUAGACUCUCUGCGGGACCCCAGUCCACAGCUGCGUGGCUGUCCCGCCGGCACGGCUGCCUGCCUGGUGAGAGGGGACCAGGCCUUCGACGUUGGCCAGCCCAAGGAGGGACUGAAGCUGGUGAACAAGGACAGGCUUGUCCUGAGUUACGUGAAAGAAGGGGCCGGGGAGCUGGACUUCUGCGACGGUCACAGCCCGGCGGUGACCAUCACGUUUGUCUGCCCUUCGGAGCGCAGAGAGGGCACCAUUCCCAAGCUCACAGCAAAAUCUAACUGCCGCUACGAAAUCGAGUGGAUCACUGAGUACGCGUGCCACAGAGAUUAUCUGGAGAGUAAAACCUGCUCUCUGAGCAGCGAGCAGCAUGACAUCACAGUUGACCUCCAGCCACUGCGACAGGACAGAGGUCCGUCCUCCUCUUACUACACUUCAGAUGGGAAGGAAUAUAUGUUUUAUUUGAAUGUCUGUGGAGAAGUCGAAGUACCGUUCUGUAGUAAGAAAGAAGCCGCCGUUUGCCAAGUGAAGAAGGCUGAACCCUCUCAAAUCAAAGUAGCCGGAAAAUACCAGAAUCAAACCCUCCGGUACUCCGAUGGGGACCUCACCUUGAUCUAUUCUGGAGGAGACAAGUGCAGCUCCGGCUUCCAGCGGAUGAGUGUCAUAAACUUCGAGUGCAACAAGACGGCAGUUAAUGAUGGGAAAGGAGUGCCUGUAUUCACCGGGGAGGUAGACUGCACCUACUUCUUCACGUGGGACACCAAGUACGCCUGUGUGAAGGAGAAGGAGGAUCUCCUCUGCAGUGUGACUGACGGGAAGAAGCGAUAUGACCUGUCGGCACUGGCCCGGCACUCAGAAGUGGAACAGAAUUGGGAAGCUGUGGAUGGCAGCGAGGGGGAAACAGAAAAGAAGCACUUCUUCGUUAAUAUCUGCCACAGAGUGCUGCAGGAAGGCCAGGCCAAAGGCUGCCCUGAAGACGCAGCCGUGUGCUCUGUCGAUAAGGAUGGAUUUAAAAGUCUAGGCAAGUUCGUUUCUUCUCCCAUGAAAGAGAACGGGAACCUUCAGCUCUCCUAUUCUGACGGUAGCGACUGUGGCCACAAGAAGAUAACAACUAACAUAACACUAAUCUGUAAACCAGGUGAUCUGGAAAGUGCUCCAGUCUUGAGAACCUCCGAGGACGAUGGCUGCUUCUAUGAGUUCGAGUGGCAUACAGCCGCUGCCUGCGUGCUGUCCAAGACGGAGGGCGAGAACUGCACGGUCUUUGACUCCCAGGCAGGGUUUUCUUUCGAUCUGUCACCUCUCACAAAGAAAAAUGGUGCAUAUAAAGUUGACACAGACAAGUAUGAGUUCUACAUAAAUGUUUGCGGUGCGGUGUCUCUGAGUUCCUGUCCGCCAGGCUCCGGAGCCUGUCAAGUAGCAAAAAUUGGUAAUAAGGCUUGGAACUUGGGACUGAGCAAUGCUAAACUGUCCUACUACGAUGGCAUGAUCAAGUUGAACUACAAAGAUGGCACGCCCUAUAAUAAUGAAAAGCACACACCAAGAGCCACACUGAUCACCUUCCUCUGUGACCGAGAGGCCGGAGUCGGUGUACCUGAGUAUCAGGAGGAAGAUAACUCCACCUACAACUUCCGGUGGUACACCAGUUACGCCUGCCCAGUGGAGCCCCUGGAGUGCGUGGUGACUGACCCCUCCACGAUGGAGCAGUAUGAUCUCUCCAGUCUCGCGAAAUCCGAGGGCGGUCGUGGAGGAAACUGGUACGCCAUGGACAACGCGGGCGAGCACAGCUCGUGGAGGAAAUACUACAUAAACGUGUGUCGCCCUCUGAACCCGGUGCCGGGCUGCGAUCGGUACGCGUCGGUGUGCCAGAUGAGGUACAAGAAUGAGCAGGGCUCCUUUUCUGAGGUAGCAUCCAUUAGUAACUUGGGGGUCGCAAAGGCAGGCCCUAUGGUGGAGGACAGCGGCAGCCUCCUCAUAGAGUACGUGAACGGCUCGGCGUGCACCACCAGCGAUGGGAGGCUGACCACCUACACCACCAGGAUCCAUCUCGUCUGUUCCAGGGGCAGCCUGAAUCCUCACCCCAUAUUUUCCCUCAGUUGGGAGUGUGUGGUCAGUUUCCUGUGGAACACAGAGGCCGCCUGUCCUAUCCAAAUAACGACGGACACAGACCAGGCCUGUUCCAUAAGGGACCCGAACAGUGGCUUUGUGUUCGAUCUUAACCCGCUGAACACUUCCCAAGGAUACGUGGUCCCGGGAAUCGGGAAGACUUUUGUGUUUAACGUGUGUGGUACGAUGCCCGUGUGCGGGACCUUCGAUGGAAAACCAGCCUCUGGCUGUGAGGCGGAGACUGAGACAGAGGGUCUCAAGAAUCUGAAGCCAGAAAGGCCGGUUGGACUGGAGAAAAGCCUGCAGCUGUCCACGGAGGGCUUUAUAACCCUGACCUACAAAGGGCCACUUUCCCCCGCCACAGGGACCGCUGAUACCUUUAUCAUCCGCUUCGUUUGCAACGAUGAUGUUUACCCAGGGAACUCCACAUUCCUGCAUCAGGACAUUGACUCUGGCCGGGGGAUCCGAAACACUUUCUUUGAGUUUGAGACUGCACUGGCCUGCGUCCCUUCUCCUGUGGAUUGCCAGGUCACAGACGAUGCUGGGAAUGAGUAUGACCUGAGUGGCUUAAGCAGAGUCAGGAAGCCCUGGACUGCUGUGGACACCUCGGCUGAUGGAAGAAAGAGAACUUUCUAUUUGAGUGUUUGCAACCCUCUCCCUUAUAUUCCUGGAUGCCACGGCAGCGCGGUGGGGUCCUGCCUGGUGUCAGAAGACAACAGCUGGAACCUGGGCGUGGUGCAGAUCAGCCCUCAGGCUGCGGCGAAUGGGUCCCUGAGUAUCGUCUACGUCAAUGGUGACAAGUGCGGGAACCAGCGCUUCUCCACCAGGAUCACGCUCGAGUGCGCUCAGACCUCGGGAUCCCCAACAUUUCAGCUUCUGGAUGAUUGUGAGUAUGUGUUUGUCUGGAGAACGGUGGAAGCCUGUCCCGUCAUCAGAGUGGAAGGAGACAACUGUGAGGUGAAGGACCCGAGGCACGGCAACUUGUACGACCUGAAGCCGCUGGCUGUCAACGACACCAUUGUGAGCGCGGGCGAGUACACCUAUUACUUCCGCGUCUGUGGCACGCUGUCCUCAAAGGUCUGCUCCACUAGCGACAAGUCCAAGGUGAUCUCAUCGUGUCAGGAGAAGCGGGGACCCGAGGGAUUUCAGAAAGUGGCAGGUCUCCUCACUCAGAAGCUGACGUAUGAGAAUGGCUUGUUGAAGAUGAACUACACGGGGGGGGACACUUGCCAUAAGGUGUACCAGCGCUCCACAACCAUCUUCUUCUACUGUGACCGGAGCACCCAGAGGCCGGUGUUUCUCAGGGAGACUUCAGACUGCUCCUACCUGUUCGAGUGGCGGACGCAGUACGCCUGUGCGCCUUUCGACCUGACCGAGUGCUCCUUCAAAGACGGGGCUGGUAACACCUUCGACCUCUCGUCCCUGGCAAGGUACAGUGACAACUGGGAAGCCGUCACAAGGACAGGAGCCACCGAGCACUACCUCAUCAACGUUUGCAAGUCUCUGUCUCCCCAGGCUGGCUCCGAGCCGUGCCCUCCGGAAGCGGCCGCGUGUCUCCUGAGUGGCUCCAAGCCUGUGAACCUUGGCAGGGUGAGCGAGGGGCCACAGUGGAGAGAUGGUGCCACCGUCCUGAAAUAUGUCGAUGGCGACCUGUGUCCAGACCAGAUUCGGAAGAAGUCAACCACCAUCCGCUUCACCUGUAGCGAGAGUCAAGUGAACUCCAGGCCCAUGUUCAUCAGUGCGGUGGAAGACUGCGAGUAUACCUUUUCCUGGCCCACACCGGCUGCCUGUCCUGUGAGGAGCAACGUGCACGACAACUGCCAAGUCACCAACCCCGCCACAGGACAUCUGUUUGACCUGAGCUCUUUAAGUGGCAGAGCGGGACACACGGCCGCUUACAGUGAGAAGGGGCUCGUGUUCAUCAGCGUCUGUGACGACAAUGAAAACUGCUCCCCCGGUGUGGGGGCCUGCUUCGGGCAGACCAGGAUCAGUGUGGGCAAGGCGAACAAGAGGCUGACCUACGUGGAUCAGGUCUUACAGCUGGUGUAUGAGGGCGGGUCCCCCUGUCCCUCCAAGUCCGGUCUGACCUACAAGAGUGUGAUCAGCUUUGUGUGCAGGCCCGAGGUGGGGCCCACCAACAGGCCCAUGCUCAUCUCUCUCGACAAGCAGACGUGCACGCUCUUCUUUUCCUGGCACACACCUCUGGCCUGCGAGCAGGUGACGGAGUGCUCUGUGAGGAACGGAAGCUCCAUUAUCGACCUGUCCCCGCUCAUCCACCGCACGGGGGGCUACGAGGCAUAUGACGAGAGUGAGGAUGACACCUCCGACACCGGCCCUGACUUCUACAUCAACGUCUGCCAGCCGCUGAACCCGAUGCACGGGGUGCCUUGUCCCGCCGGCGCGGCUGUGUGCAAGGUUCCCGUCGACGGUCCCCCCAUAGAUAUUGGCCGAGUCACGGGACCCCCAAUACUCAACCCCAUAGCUAAUGAAGUUUACUUGAAUUUUGAAAGUAGUACUCCUUGCUUGGCGGACAAGCAUUUCAACUACACCUCACUGAUCGCAUUCCACUGUAGGAGAGGCGUGAGCAUGGGAGCUCCCAUGCUGCUGAGGACCAGUGACUGUGACUUUGUGUUUGGGUGGGAGACCCCGCUGGUCUGUCCCGACGAAGUGAAGGUGGACGGCUGCUCCCUGACGGACGAGCAGCUACGUUACAGCUUUAACCUGUCCAGCCUCUCCAAAAGCACGUUCAAGGUGACUCGAGACUCACGCACCUACAGCAUCGGGGUGUGCACUGCGGCGGCAGGCCUGGAUGAAGGAGGCUGUAAGGAUGGAGGUGUCUGCCUGCUUUCCGGAAGCAAGGGGGCAUCUUUUGGACGGCUGGCAUCCAUGAGGCUGGAUUACAGGCACCAGGAUGAAGCUGUCAUCUUAAGUUAUGCCAAUGGAGAUAAUUGUCCUCCAGAAACUGAGGAAGGUGACCCCUGUGUGUUCCCCUUCAUAUUCAAUGGAAAGAGCUACGAGGAGUGUGUUUUGGAGGGCAGGGCGAGGCUUUGGUGCUCCACCACUGCUAACUACGACAGAGACCACGAGUGGGGCUUCUGCAGACACUCAAACAGCCACCGGAUGUCCGCGAUCAUCUUCAAGUGCGACGAGGACGCGGAUGUCGGCAGGCCACAGGUCUUCAGUGAAGUUCGUGGCUGUGAGGUGACAUUUGAGUGGAAAACAAAAGUUGUCUGUCCUCCAAAGAAGAUGGAGUGCAAAUUCAUGCAGAAGCACAAAACCUACGACUUGCGGCUGCUGUCCUCGCUCACCGGCUCUUGGUUCUUUGUCCACGAAGGAGUCUCGUACUACAUAAACCUCUGUCAGAAAAUAUAUAAAGGGCCUCUCGACUGCUCGGACAGAGCCAGCAUUUGCAAAAAGAGUGCAUCUGGUGUCGUCCAGGUCUUGGGGCUCGUUCACACCCAGAAGCUGGACGUCUUAGAUGACAAAGUCGUUGUAACUUACUCGAAAGGUUAUCAGUGUGGGGAGAAUAAGACGGCAUCUGCCGUCAUAGAGCUGACCUGUGCGAAGACCGUGGGCAGACCGUCGUUCAGGAGGUUCGACAUCGACAGCUGCACUUACUACUUCAGCUGGGACUCUCGGGCCGCCUGCGCCGUGAAGCCCCAGGAGGUGCAGAUGGUGAACGGCACCAUCACCAACCCUGUAAACGGCAAGAGCUUCAGCCUUGGAGAUAUUUAUUUUAAGCUGUUCAGUGCCUCUGGGGACAUGAGAACAAAUGGGGACAAGUACGUGUAUGAAAUCCAGCUUUCCUCCAUCACAAGCUCCAGAAAUCCUGCGUGCUCGGGUGCCAACAUAUGCCAGGUUAAACCAAACGACCAACACUUCAGUAGGAAAGUUGGAACUUCUGACAAAACCAAAUACUACGUUCAAGAUGGUGAUCUAGAUGUGGUGUUUGCCUCGUCCUCUAAGUGUGGAAAGGAUAAGACGAAGUCUGUGUCUUCCACCAUCUUCUUCCACUGUGACCCUUCGGUGAAGGAUGGGAUCCCUGAGUUCAGCCACGAGACCGCCGACUGCCAGUACCUUUUCUCCUGGUACACCUCUGCUGUGUGUCCUCUCGGGGUGGGCCUCGAUGGUGACGGUACGGGCGAGGACAUGCCGGAGCACAAGGGGCUGUCGGAGCGAAGCCAGGCUGUCGGGGCGGUCCUCAGCCUGCUGCUGGUGGCGCUCACGGGCUGCCUGCUGACGCUGCUGCUUUACAAGAAGGAAAGGAGGGAGCUGGUGGCAAGCAGGCUGACCCGCUGCUGCCGGAGGAGCGCCAGCGUGUCCUACAAGUACUCGAAGGUGAACAAGGAGGAGGAGGCGGAUGAGAAUGAAACGGAGUGGUUGAUGGAGGAGAUCCAGGUGCCGACCCCGAGGCCCGGGAAGGAAGGACAGGAAAACGGCCACAUUACCACGAAGUCUGUGAAGGCCGAAGCCCUUACCUCCCUGCAUGGGGACGAGCAGGACAGUGAGGAUGAGGUUCUGACCAUCCCAGAGGUGAAGGUGCACUCGGGCAGAGGGACUGGGGCUGCGGGUGUGCCGCACGGGAGAGUCCCGCAGAGGAGUGGGCUUCGGGAGAGCGCUGAGGGUGCUGGGGUGCUGGCGAGAGGGGACCGGGCCUGCAGAGGGAAGCCCAGGCCCGCGCCGCCCAAGACCGUGAACUCCGGCAGCCUGGCGUCCUUCCAUGAUGACAGUGACGAGGACCUCUUACACAUCUAGUCUCCUGGGCCUCCAGGAGACAUGGGUCCGGCGUCACCAGGCACUUCGAACCAAAUAAGACUUCAGCUCGAUGAUGCUUCUAUCAUUUUUGCCUUUAACAAAAACUGUUUCAAAAGGGAAGAGUUUUUGUGAUGGGGGAGAGAGUGAGGAGGUCAGGUUUACAGUCCUUGGAACAAGGCUCUGCUCCUGUCACUGGGGGCAGAGCUGGGGCCCUGGGUUUUGUUCCCAGCCCUCACAUAAAAGCGUGGCAGCCGUGCACGUCAUAUUAUGUGCCCGGGCCACACGCGUCUUGGAACCGAGGGCUGUGUAUUUGAGAAAAACCCUUGCUGCUUUAGGCCCUGUAGGGUUUUGACCAUUAUAUUUUAGCAUUUAAUUCUCUCCUCCUAUUUAUUGACUUUGACAAUUACUCAGGUUUGCGAAAAAGGAAAAAAAAAAAA